UCAACAAGUGAGAAAUAGUUCACAGCUAAUUAGUUUUCAAAAUGGCUUCAACAAAAAGUUUGCUCUUUUUAGGUCUUCUCCUUGCUCUUGUCCUUCUUGUUUCCUCCCAAGUGGGAGCUCAAAAAGAAAGCAAGGUGACUGGCGAUGUUGAAGAAGCUCAAUAUGGAGGAGGUGGAUACCCGGGAAACGGGGGCGGAGGAGGGUAUCCCGGUAAUGGUCGUGGGGGUGGACGUAACGGAUACCCGUGGAGAGGUUGCAGAUAUGGUUGCUGCCGUGGAUACCGCAAUGGCCCGGGGUGUGCAAGGUGUUGUGCCACUGCUCAUGAAUCCCCUGAUGCUCAAUUUGAAGAUGAUUCCAAGAAUUGAUCAUCUAUAUUUACCUUGCUUUGUUUUCUAAAAUGUUGCUUUCCUUUUAACAAAUAAGGCAUGUUGUCUUCAUUGGACUCCUAAUUCCAUUGAAUGACAUUGCCAAUGCCUGGAUAUUUCACUAACUAGUGAGAUUUUCAAUGAAUUUUGUGUUUUCUAUCUUUUGAUGUUAUUAUUAUGCAUGCAUUUU